CCCGCCUCGUGUUGUGGCAGUUUUGGCGCUAGUCUGUUGUCGGGUAAAUAGUCACUUUCUGUAAAUUCCAGCUGGAAGCCAUCCUUUUGUUCGAAAUCUACAAGCUGUUUGGCGGCCCUCUGAUUCUUACGGCGUCUGCUGCUGCUCAGUUCGAAUUCACCAUGGACCUUCUCGACGGGUAUCCGAAAUAUGCACAUCUGGUUAGCCACUAUCCGGGAAUGGCCAUGUAUCGUCGCUUUGCCCGUCUCAAUGCCCAAAACCUACUUUACAUGCAAAGCGAGCUUGCUCAUCUGGAGCUGGAGCUGGACACCAUCGCUAAAGAAGAUAGCGAGUCUGACGACGCAACACGUCAAUCAUUUCAAACAUACGCAUACAACAUGAGGCGUGCCCAGGGAGCCGAUGCGAAUCAAUGGAAGAAAGUGAUUGAGAUACGAAACUGUCUCCGAGAAUAUAAUGAGGCAUUACUUCAGAAUCUGGCCCUUCACUCGUUGCCAAAACCGCGGUCCCAUGAUAGAUCAAUCCUAAAAGACUGGCUCAAUCGCCCUGAAGGUGGAAAUCAAUUCUUUCGUGGCCUUGAAGAUGAAUUUUUGGACAGUUCGGAUCUCAUUGCUAUUUCUAAACAUCAAGCCACUGAUGAUCUUUUUACCCGAUGGGUGUCUCAGACCGUGGUACCAUUGGCUCACAAAUCUUUCUUGCAUAGAUAUAAGGUUAACCCAACCUUUUGGCCUUUGCAUUGUUCACAACAUAUUUUGAGACUGUUGCUAACCUUUCAUUGUGUUUUAGAAAUCGGUCUCGACCUACGAGAAAAGCGGACUGGCUGACUAUCCUGAUUCGAAAAUCACAUCCGCCGCUAAUGUCAUUAGUAUCGUGGUGUCCUCCCUUCUACCGAGUGCUUCAAUAUUUGGGCUGUAUUUUAUUCACAAUCUUCUAGCGCGCCUGGUUGUCAUUAUGGUUUUCUCAAUAAUGUUUUCGGUUUGUCUGGCUAUUUUUACUAAUGCAAAGCGAAUUGAGAUUUUUGCUGCAACUAUAGCAUUUGGCAGUGUGCAGGUUGUAUUCGUUGGAGGCACAAGCUGAGGAGGGAGACUGAGAACCUAAGUCGGGUGGACGUCGUAGUCCUCGGUGAUAGCAAUGCUCCAGUUCGCCAUACCCGUAGCACCUUUUUCAGCUUGUUGGGACGUCGAGAUAAGUCCAGGCCUCGGCACACCGAUGACGUCCUUCAUCGGCGCCUGGUCUGCGCCUACGACCACGCCUGGCCCAUAUGUACGAGUGUUUGAGCGGGUCUGGCGGCUGUUUCCGAGUACACCCUGACAAUGCUUGGC